AUGACUGAAGAUAUACUGCUGAUUCCAGGUCCGGUUACGAUCAGCAAUAAGGUUCAGCGAGCGCUAGGGACUGCUUCAAUUUCUCACACAAGCCCUGAAUUUGCUGCCAUUUUCGCGCGAGUUCUGAAAAACACUCGACUAGUGUUUAAGGGCGGGGAAACAUCGCAACCCCUUAUCCUGGCUGGUAGUGGUACUUUAGGAUGGGAUGUGGCAGCAUCCAAUCUCGUCGAAGCUGGUGAAAAAGUUCUAGUUCUAUCGACAGGUUAUUUCUCAGAUUCCUUUGCCGAGUGUCUGCAAGCGUACGGUGCUCAUGUUGACAAGGUAAGGGCAUCUUUGGGUGAUGUGGUUCCCUUAAGUGAGGUUUGUGAGGCUCUGCAAGGUACAAAAUACAAGAUGGUAACCAUCACCCACGUUGAUACAUCAACUGGAGUGUUGAGCGAUGUGAAAAGUAUUUGCGAAGUGGUGAAGAAAGUAUCACCGGAAACAUUGAUUGUGGUCGAUGGAGUUUGUUCUGUAGGGUGUGAAAAACUAGAAUUUGAGGCUUGGGGCAUUGACUACGCCUUGAGUGCGUCUCAGAAAGCGCUUGGUGCACCUCCGGGGCUAAGUGUUUCACUUCUUAGCGAAAGAGCAGUAAAAGAGGCUCUAACUAGGAAAGCGCCGUCGUGUUUUUUUGCUAGUUUGAAGAAAUGGAUCCCAGUGAUGCGAAACUACGAUAAUGGCAAGGCAUGCUAUUUUGCAACCCCUCCCGUACAGUUGGUGAACGCUUUAGAUGCGUCUUUGACUGAAAUUCUGGAUUACGGAUUGGAUGCCCGCGUAGCUAAGCAUUGGACCACUAGUGACUGGUUCAAAAAUAGGAUUACAGAAGACCUGGGACUUGAAUUGGUAACUAACAGUGCCGAAGACUCGGCUCAUGGGCUGACUGCGAUCUACGUCAACAACCCAGCAGAGAUCAUCGCAGCACUGAAGAAGUCGGGAAUAGUGAUAGCCGGUGGUCUUCAUGCGGAUAUUAAGAAUCAAUACAUUCGUGUUGGCCAUAUGGGUGCAGUGGCUUGUGAACCUUCCCUACAGCACCUCCAGUCUUGUUUCGAAGCUUUGAAAGCUUUUGCUGGGGGAAUGCAAGCUUGA